AAGCUUCUUGUUUUCGUGAACUGGCCGCAUUCGGAGAUGCUGAAGCCCGGUGACCCCAGCGGAUCUGCCUUCCUAAAAGUGGACCCGACCUACAUCCAGCACUGGCAGCAGCUUUUCCCUCAGAGCCAGCUGAAGAACGGAGCCCUCGCCCAGCUCCAGCCGCCGGAGAGAGCGGCUAUCUCUGUCGAAAGUCUUCGUCAGCGCCCGAACCUGAUCUCCUCCACAUCGUCCUCAUCAGCUUUAACGCCGUCCUCAACCUCCUCGACCUCAUCGGUUUCCUCGUUGGCAGGUCUAACUCAACUAUCCGUGCCGCAGAUUGCACUUUUUGGACAAACACUGUGCACCGACAUCCCCACAUCAGACAGUGUCAACCCUCAAGCAAAAGAACUUUGUUUGUCAUCCGGCUGUAAAAACGACAGAGGAUCAAGGUUUAAAUUUACCUCCGAGGAGUUAGACUACUACCUCUACGGACAGCAAAGAAUGGAGAUAAUCCCAUUGAACAAUCACACCGGCGACCCCAAUAAUCGGUGCGACAUGUGCGCGGAUAACCGGAACGGCGAGUGCCCCAUGCACGGGCCCCUGCACUCGCUGCGCCGUCUGGUGGGGACCAGCAGCGCCUCGGCCGCCGUGCCCCCGCCGGAGGUCCCCGACUGGCUGCGCGACCUGCCCCGCGAGGUGUGCCUCUGCACCAGCACCGUGCCGGGCCUGGGCUACGGCAUCUGCGCCGCCCAGCGCAUCCCCCAGGGCACCUGGAUCGGCCCCUUCCAGGGGGUCCCGCUGCAGCUGGACAAGGUGCAGGCAGGAGCGGCCCGGAACACACGCCACCUAUGGGAGAUCUAUGACCAGGAAGGGACGUUACAGCACUUUAUUGAUGGCAACGAGCCCAGCAAGUCAAGCUGGAUGAGGUACAUCCGCUGCGCAAGGCACUGUGGAGAGCAGAACAUGAUGGUGGUCCAAUACAGGUCGUGCAUAUUCUACAGAGCGUGCAUGGACAUCAAUCGGGGCACCGAGCUCCUUGUCUGGUACAACGACAGUUACACCUCCUUCUUCGGCAUCCCUCUGCAGUGCAUCGCACAGGAUGAGAACUUGAACGUCCCAACCACUGUCAUGGAGGCCAUGUCCAGGCAGGAGACCCUGCAGCCGUUCAGCAAGACAGGCAAGGCCCCGUCCGCGGUGCUGCUCCGCUCCAUGGUCUUCCCCCACUCUCCCUGCAGCAGGAGCUUCUCCCUGAUGGACAAGCAGGGCCAGACCGAGUCCGGCUUCAACCAGAUGAGCGGCAAGAACCAGCGCGUGCUGGCCAGCCCUACCUCCACCAGCCAGCUGAGCACGGAGUUCAGCGACUGGCACCUGUGGAAGUGCGGCCAGUGCUUUAAGACGUUCACCCAGCGCAUCCUACUGCAAAUGCACGUGUGCACGCAGAACCCAGACAGGCCUUACCAGUGCGGCCACUGCUCCCAGUCCUUCUCCCAGCCCUCUGAGCUGCGCAACCACGUGGUCACCCACUCCAGCGACCGGCCCUUCAAGUGCGGCUACUGCGGCCGCGCGUUCGCCGGAGCCACGACGCUCAACAACCACAUCCGCACACACACCGGGGAGAAGCCAUUCAAGUGCGAGAGGUGCGACCGGAGCUUCACGCAGGCCACCCAGCUCAGCAGACACCAGCGGAUGCCCAACGAGUGCAAGCCCAUCAGCGAGAGCAGCGAAUCAAUCGAGGUGGAUUAG